UUUCUCAAUCCCGCCAUUCUGAAUCCACAAAGCUCCCCGAGAGAUAGAGAGAGAGAGAGACCCAAAUGGAGCUUCCCGUGAUCGAUCUGGCUCCGUACUUGAAAUUCUCCGGUGAACUCAGCUUCGAUCAGUCCUUAAAUCCAGAGCUGGAGCUCGAUCCGUAUCUGAAGGACUUGUGCUCGGAGGUGAGUCGAAUUCUGAGAGAAACUGGAGCUCUUUUGGUGAAGGAUCCGAGAUGCUCCGCCGAAGACAACGAUCGAUUCUUGGAUAUGAUGGAAAUGUACUUCGAACGGCCUGAUGAGUUCAAGCGCCUCCAAGAACGCGCUCACCUCCAUUACCAGGUUGGGGUGACACCUGAAGGAGUUGAAGUACCCCGUAGUCUGGUUGAUGAGGAAAUGCAAGAGAAGCUAAGAGCAAUGCCCAAGGAGUUUCAACCUUCCACUCCCACCGGACCAGAUCCUAAGUGGCGAUACAUGUGGAGAGUUGGUCCUAGGCCAUCAAACACCCGUUUUAAGGAACUGAAUUCUGAACCCGUUAUACCCAAGGGAUUUCCCGAGUGGAAAGACACCAUGGACUUAUGGGGUUACAAAAUGAUAGCUGCUAUUGAGGCUGUUGCUGAAAUGGCAGCCACUGGAUUUGGCCUGCCGAAGGAUGCAUUCACUUCUCUAAUGAAGCAGGGACCACAUCUGCUUGCUCCAACAGGGAGCAACCUUCAACGCCAUGGAAAAGAGGGCAUUGUGUUUGCAGGAUAUCAUUAUGACCUUAACUUCUUAACUAUCCAUGGCAGAAGUAGAUUCCCUGGCCUAAAUAUUUGGCUAAGAAAUGGGCAGAAAAUGGAAGUUAAGGUUCCAAUUGGGUGUCUCCUCAUUCAGACAGGAAAGCAGAUAGAGUGGCUGACUGCAGGAGACUGCAUAGCUGGCAUGCAUGAAGUUGUCGUAACUAAUAGGACCAUUAAUGCAAUUGAACUAGCAAUGCAGCAAAAUCGCAGCCUCUGGAGAGUCUCCUCUACGCUAUUUGCACACAUAGCAUCGGAUGCCGUGUUAAAGCCUUUAGGCCAUUUUGCGAAGUCUCCACUUGCAAGCAAGUAUCCUGCUAUUUCUGCCGGAGAAUACGUUGAACAAGAGCUUUCUGUAAUUAAUCUCAAGGGGAAUAAAGGAGAGCUUUGAUGACUUGUGCCCCAGGAAAGCAUGACUUUUUUCCUUCUGAAGCUGCCAGCAGCUUUUAAACUUUGUUGUGAUUAAACUGGCAUGAAUGCUCAGGGAACCUCAUUGAGCCUUCAUGUAUUGUUGUAUUCAACCAUGAUAGUUCUUGUAUGGCUUUGGGAUGCUUAUUAGUGAAAUUGUACUAGAUAAAUGCCUCGUCUUAAAUCUAAUAGCUUUGGGCAUUUUUUUGGGUCAAGAACAUAUAUUUCCCAUCG